AUGAACAACGUGCUAACAGGUUUAAGGACAGUCAAGGAGAAUCAGCAUUCUGCUGAGGUCCUCAGGCUCUUCAAAGCUAAGCACAAGAUUUUCUACAAGGACGGUGUUCAAGCUACAAUCAACAAAUUCGCGUCUCAAACCGAUCUUAACUUCUUCAAACAAUCCGCAGCUGAGCUUCUAGCCACUCUAGCCUCACUUCCUGAGAGCACAAAGCUUGACGUAAAACAUCGUCUCGUCCAGUGGAUGACGAAUGUGACGAUGGGGAAAACUGCGCCCACUACAGUGAUACCACUGCUCAAGAUCAUGAUGAGCGAUGGUAAAAGUGUUGACAGCUUCGAUGUUUGGAGGGCUGUGAACCGGUACUUCAAAAAGGGCCAGAAGAAGCUCAUCUUCCCCUUCCCAGACCUCCCGUAUGAAUUGCGCUUGAUGGUGUACGAGAAUUAUUUCGCGCUCGAAACCACCGGUACAGAAGAGAGACUAAUCAUUGCAUAUCCUGAGAACCCCCGAGGGGCACACAGAUUUUCCUUGUUGCGUGUCAACCACCAAAUCUACGAUGAAGCGCGUAAAGUGCUCUACAACGACUUUACGCCGACACUGUGCAGGGUGAGUAACCUACGCGAUUUCAUUCACGGUCUUCAAGGCGACAGUAUCCCGGGCCUUAUAGCGACCGCCACGAUUGUCAGCAGGCUCUGUGUCGAAGCAAUCUCAAUGGAGCAUGUGAAUACACUCGCCAACUUGCUGUCUUCCUCCCCCUUUGUACGUGUCCGUUUCCUGACCUUAGUGGCAACGCCGUACUAUAUGGGGCCCGCGUCUCUGGGUGAUCGAGUUAGCAGGACUAGGAAGCGUCUGGCCUUUCCGGAAUUUAAGAAGCGGUUGGGCACAGAAGUGAGCGCUUUGUUGGCCCGGAGCGUCGGGCUAUCGCCUGUGGAUAAGCUCCCGGCUCUCAUCCUGAUGGAUUUCAGGCAAGAUCAGAAGUGGAGUGCGACAUUUCCGAGUGACUGGAACGUCGUUGCUAUUUGGAGAGCCUAA